GCGGCCAGACGCACGCAUCACUCCGCACUCGAGGUGCCAAACUGCGGCUCUGACACAACUCCGACUCGGUGGAGAGAGAAGCUUGACACUUUUCUCAACAAAAAAAAAAGAAAAAAGGGGGGACUCUGGUGCCUUAGACGCCCCCUCUUCAUCCUCUUCUUUACCGUCUUUCUGGGGAUUCCUACUUUUUUUUUUUUUUUUCUUGUUUUUUUUUCUUUUUCCCCCCUUCACCCUCUCUUGUGUUUUUUUUUCCCCCCUGCCCUCCUCUUGCUGCUGUAUAGCGACACUUUGACCCUGGGAGAGAUUCUACCGUGCGUUGCGCGCUCCGGACAUGUCUUUCCCUCAGCUGGGGUACCCACAGUUUCUCAGCGCCGCCCACGAGGUGUACGGGGGCGAGCGGCCGGCGUCCGCCCGCGAAGGGGCCGCCGAGGGCGGCGCGAGCUCCUCCGCCACCGCCGCGGCGGUCGGCUCUAUGCUGGGGAUGUACGGGAGCCCGUGGGUGGCGCACAACUACAGUGCCUUUCUGCCGUACAGCGGAGCCACAGACCUCGCCCUCAUAUCCCAGAUGGGCUCCCAGUAUGAGCUGAAGGACAGCCCGGGCCCCCACCCGGCCUCCCUGCCCGUGCACGCCGCCCAGAGCUUCUACCCGUACGGCCAGUACCCGUACGGCGACCCGUCGAGGGCCAAGACGGCCACGCGGGAGACCACGAGCACGCUGAAGGCCUGGCUGCAGGAGCACCAGAAGAACCCGUACCCGACCAAGGGAGAGAAGAUCAUGCUCGCCAUCAUCACCCGGAUGACACUCACACAGGUGUCGACGUGGUUCGCCAACGCGCGCAGACGCCUGAAGAAGGAGAACAAGGUGACCUGGGGCCGCAGCGCCGAGGACCGGGACGGCCGCAUCUUCAGCAGCGACAACGAGGACGAGCCCGGCAAGAACGGCAGCGACGACGACGACGAAGACGAGGAAAUUGAUUUGGAAACUGUGGAUAUCGAGAGGCCCGAGGAGCAGCGGGCGGCGGCGGCGGAGGAGGAGGAGGAGGAGGAGGAGCAGGGCUCCGGCAAAGUGGAGGGAGAGGCGGGCCUGUCCGCCAGAGAGCAGCAGGCCUCGGAGCCGAAGAGCCCGCUUUCCGCGGAGGGCCUGCGAGGAGUGGAAGCGCCCAUUUCUCUCAACAAAUCGCCCGUCGUCAAACUCGCGGUGGAUCAUUCUCCCAGCAGACAGGAGUGCCAGAGACCAGCGCAGAGCAAACCCAAAAUCUGGUCCUUGGCGGAGACCGCCACCGCCCCGGACAGCGUCCACAAACAUUCCCCCGCGGUCCACGCGCACCACCCGGCUUUGGCCUCCGGCGGGCACCCGGCCUUGCUCCCGGGUCAUGGGAUUUAUACGUGCCAGAUUGGCAAACUGCACAACUGGGCCAACGCGGCUUUUCUGAACGCCAACUCCCUUUUGAACAUGAGAUCGCUGCUCGGCGGGGCGCCGGCCGGACACCUGCCCCUCCACGGCGCGGUGCCGAGCGCGCGUCACGACGCACGGCCGGCGGCGGCGGCGGGCCUGGGAGCCUCGGGGACGGAGGACGAGAGUGACGCGGAGUCGUCGGGAAGCUUCAGUCCAAAGAGAGACGACGAAGAGAGCGACCACAGGCCCGACUCCCUGAAGUCCCCGUUCCAGCUGAUCACUGACAGACCUCACCACCGGACCGCGCCACAACGAGUCCUGACGACAACGUUAUGAGAAGACAA